AUGGCUCCCAAAAAGGCCAAACGGGGGGAAUGGUCAUGGGUGGAUGGGGUCAAGCGAGUGGAAGAUAUCACAGAGGAGCAUAGGAGGAGGGCUGCAGGUCUGGACGUGCACUCAGAGUGUGGUAAAAAGUGCAAUUCGGUGGGAUGUGUCCAGCGUCUUGCCGAGGAGGCUCUCGUCACGAAAGCGACCUAUCUCGAGCAGCUGGAGCUCCCGACGCUCCGCGAUGGACCUGCUGGGCUGCUAAACCUCGGUGCAACGUGCUAUGCCAAUGCCUUUCUUCAAGUGUGGUACUACAACCCCGCCCUACGCGAUGCCGUGUACCGAGCGGACACACAGUUUGGUACCCCUCUGUUCCACCUUGGCGCCAUUUUUGCGUCGCUCGACCUGUCGGAUCGACCCGUCAUCGACCCGACGCCUCUGCUCGACGUCCUCGAGUUGAACAAGAGUGACCAGCAGGAUGCCGCAGAAUUCGCCAAGCUCUUUCAAUCUCUCAUCGCCUCAGCAUUCGAACGUCAACCUGACCCCGCUAUCAAAACCGUCAUGACCGACCUUUUCCAAGGACAACUCGAGUCUACCACCCAGUGCCUCACCUGCAGCACUGUGCGCCGAAAGCAAGAUCCCUUUCUGGAGCUCGAUGUCCAUCUCAUAAACAACGCCACGGUGGAAGAAUGCCUCGAGGCGCAGUCUCGACCUGAACGACUCGACGGAGACAACAAAUACGCCUGUCAGGUCUGUAGAUCACCACAACCCGCCCUCCGUUCUCUCGCCCCGAACGUCCUCCCGCCGAUCCUCAAUCUCUCCCUCAUGCGAUUCAUCUAUGCAACGAGCGGCCGAGUCAAGAGCAAAGCGGUGAUCAAGUUUCGCAAGCAUCUUGUGAUCCAAGGACAGGCGUACGAUCUCAGGGCAGUAUUGACCCACCUCGGUACGAGCGCACACCAUGGUCACUUUGUCUGCGACGUGUACGAUCAAUCUUCCGACACUUGGCUCCACUGUAACGAUCAGAUCGUUCACUCUGCGGACCGCAAGAAACGACGCCGGGUCGAUUCCCCAGAAGUCGACGUCACCUCGUCCAAGGACGCCUACAUGUUGGUCUACUACCGCUCAGCCUAUCCUCCCCCAUGUCAACCCUCUCGACCUCUCCUCGACCUUGUCGAAGCGGACAAUCUUUUCCUGCAGGACGAGCUGCGCGAGUAUGCGAGGAUGAAGAAAGUGCUCAGUGAUGAGUUUGUUCACCUCGACGGGGCCAAGAGACACGUCAUGGAAUCCCUUUCCGGCCGAGACCGUCUCGUGCCUCGAUCUCAGCUCAUCAAAUGGUUUUCCGGGACCAAGCUCGACGAUCUGUUCUUCACUUGGGACUUUGACUCGAUCACUUGCAUGCACAAGGCUAUUGAUCCCAACGAGACGUCUCAAGCUAAGCUAAUCUCCCAAGACGCUUACGACAAGCUCUCCAUCUACACGCCUCUUCCUGACCUCGCCCUGUGCUCCAUCUGCAUCGACGCCGAGUAUCACCGCCUUGUCACGCUAUCCAAUCACACCAGCUGCGUCCAGGAGCUCGCUCAACUGGAGCCUGGCCCAUUCCUCGUGUCCAAACGAUGGCUCGACCUCUGGCGAAAAGGCCAAGCGCAAGGUGGCCCCACCGAUGACAUCUUCUGCGAACAUCACGCCCGAUGGGACGAGGUCAAAGUGGUUCGACUCUCCCCCGAGGCGAUCGCCCUGUUGCAAUCAGUCCAUGGCGACUUUGAGGUGUUUGACGAAGACACUCCGAAGUGUCCGAUUUGUGCCGCGCAGCACGACAUUGCACGCCAAGCGGACGAUAUGCGUUUCGCCUUGGCCAAGGAGGAGCGACAUUGGAAGAAGAUGCUGAGCAGGUCCCCUGCCCCGUUCGGUGUGGAUCACUACCUCUUACCGCAGCAAUUCGUCGACAAGUGGCUGGCGUGGAUCAGAGAAGCGGGUGAGCGCCCCGUCCUCGACAUGGAGCUCUGUCCCCAUGGUCUGCUGGACUGGGACCCAAUGGUACAGCGGUGCUCCUACAUUGAGGAACCAGGAUGGAAGCAAAUCAACGAAAGGUAUGGUCCAGUGACACCAAUCGUCAUUCGUUUUGGUCCCAACCCUUUGCCUGGCAAACGCACUCAAGUCGUGAAUGUCCUACCCGGCGUCUGUGACGACUGUCGCGUCGCCAAGGCCCGCAAUUUCGACACCACCACCAUCCACAUUGUCAGAGCCGAACCAUCCGCCAAGGUCAUCAGCGAAAAGCGAGCAAGCCGAUCCAGAGCGUCGGAAUUCUCCAUCGAGGUCACGAAAGCGACCACCGUCAAGGACAUCAAGCUUGAGAUUUGCUCGCUCUACAGUCUCAGUCCUAUUUCUCAAAAACUCCUUUACGGCUCCCUCGAGCUCGACAGUGCAGAUACCGUCGAGUCCCUCGGUAUCAUGGCGGAUGACCGCUUGACCUUGCACGUCAUUCAAGAGAUUCACGACAUUGACGACAUAGAACUCCCUAGAGAAGGUUUCGGAGGUACAGCCCUUCUUGGGUCCAGGUCGUGCCCCAGUUGUACAUUUAUCAACACGCCUCUUGCCCUCCAAUGCGACAUGUGUGGGGGGCAGAUGCCGUAA